AUGAGUGCAGAACGUCAAGUUGUUCAAUUUGAUAAUUGGUAUUCAGUUCAAAAAGUUCCGGAAACUGAAUUCACCUGGCCACAUAUAUUCGUUGUUGUGAUUGAGUAUGAUGAUAUUGAUUAUUUUCGAAAUCAAAUGGAUUUUACUUGGAAUUCAAUUCGUUUUAAACGUUUAUCAGAAUAUGUUGAUUGGUUGCAUACACAAGAAAUGAAAUUUAUAACAAUUCUUAUCCAACUAUUGAUUCCGAAGAACGAAAUUGGUGUUUUUACUGAUAGACAAAAAGAUGAUAUUUGGAUUAAAUGA